CAAAACAACACAUUUAUAUACAUCAUCAUGUCUUACAAGGUUGCUGAUAUCUCUCUCGCUGCUUUCGGUCGUAAGGAAAUCGAAAUUGCUGAAUCCGAAAUGCCUGGUUUGAUGGCUAUCCGUGAAAAGUAUGGUCCUAGCCAACCUUUGAAGGGUGCUCGUAUUGCUGGAUGUUUGCACAUGACCAUCCAAACUGCUGUUUUGAUUGAAACUCUUACUGCUCUUGGUGCUGAAGUCACUUGGUCUUCUUGCAACAUUUUCUCUACUCAAGAUCAUGCUGCUGCUGCUAUUGCUGCCACUGGUGUUCCUGUUUAUGCCUGGAAGGGUGAAACUGAUGAAGAAUUCGUCUGGUGUAUCAAGCAAACCUUGUUCUUCCCUGAUGGAAAGCCUUUGAACAUGAUUUUGGAUGAUGGUGGUGACUUGACCAACAUUGUUCACGAAGAAUACCCCGAAUUGCUUGCUGGUAUCAAGGGUCUCUCUGAAGAAACUACUACUGGUGUCCACAAUUUGUACAAGAUGAUGAAGAAUGGUACCUUGAAGUUGCCCUCUAUCAAUGUCAAUGACUCUGUUACCAAGUCCAAGUUCGAUAACCUUUACGGUUGCCGUGAAUCCCUUGUUGAUGGUAUCAAGCGUGCUACUGAUGUCAUGAUUGCCGGUAAGGUUUCCGUUGUCGCUGGUUACGGUGAUGUCGGUAAGGGUUGUGCUGCUGCUCUCCGUGCUUUCGGUUCUCGUGUUCUUGUCACUGAAGUGGAUCCCAUCAACGCUCUCCAAGCUGCUAUGGAAGGUUAUGAAGUCACCACUAUGGAAGAAGCCGUCAAGGAAGGUCAAAUCUAUGUCACCACCACUGGUUGUCGUGAUAUUAUCACCGGUGCUCACUUUGAACAAAUGAAGGAUGAUGCUAUUGUGUGCAACAUUGGUCAUUUUGAUAUUGAAAUCGAUGUCGCUUGGAUCAAGAACAACGCUGCCUCUGUUGUCAACAUCAAGCCUCAAGUGGAUCGUUUCCUUUUGAAGAAUGGUCGUCACAUUAUCUUGCUUGCCGAAGGUCGUCUUGUCAACUUGGGUUGUGCUACUGGUCAUCCUUCUUUCGUCAUGUCCAACUCUUUCUCUAACCAAGUUUUGGCCCAAAUUGAUUUGUGGACUAAUCCCGAUAAGUGGACUGUUGGUGUUCAUGUCUUGCCCAAGAAGUUGGAUGAAGAAGUUGCCCGUGCUCACUUGGGUAAACUCGAUGUCAAGCUCACUGAAUUGUCUGCCGUCCAAUCCGAGUACUUGUCUAUCCCUGUUGAAGGUCCUUACAAGCCUGAUCACUACCGUUACUAAAUUUGGUCAGAUCUUUUGAUUCAAAUCUUUCCAUUCCUCUUUUUUUUUUUUUUGUAAUAUAGUAAUCUUCAUCUUUUGAUAUUUUGGAUUUUUUUUUUUUU